CGUCUCUCUCCACUCUCCACUCCGAGCCGCGCCUGACAACAACCCGCGCGCGGCCGCCGGCCGCAGCCCACCUCGGCAUCUCCACGCAUUUUUAUUUUCAUCAAUCAAUCAGGGAGCUGCCCGCAGCCCGCCGCGCCGUCGGCCCCGUAAAUCCAUAGCGCGAGCGUCCCGUCCUCCCCCACCCCCCAACGAUGCGCCGCUGCCGGCGCUCGUGAUCCAUGGCCUCACUCCCCGUUCCUCGCACGCUCCCGCGGGCCUCGCCAACGGUGGUGGGCGCCGCGAGGGGGAGGAGGGGGAGGGCCGCGGUGCGCGUGCGCACUGCCACCGCGGCAUUGGGCGGUGGGUGCUGCGGCGGCGGCGGAAUGGAGCAGCGCCACGGGGAGGCACCGCACAGCCCAGUGAAGGAGAAGCCUGUAAUGUCAAACAUUGGGAAAUCAACUAAUAUUUUAUGGCAUAAUUGCCCGAUUGGACAAUCUGAUAGACAGAAGUUGCUGGGACAAAAAGGCUGUGUCGUGUGGAUAACAGGACUCAGUGGUUCAGGGAAAAGUACUCUUGCUUGUGCACUGAGUCAUGAGUUGCAUUAUAGAGGCCACAUCACGUAUGUACUUGAUGGUGACAACCUUAGACAUGGCCUCAAUCGAGAUUUAAGCUUUAAGGCAGAAGACCGUGCAGAAAAUAUACGAAGAGUUGGUGAAGUGGCAAAGCUUUUUGCCGAUGCUGGUAUCAUAUGCAUUGCUAGCUUGAUAUCUCCAUACAGGAGAGAUCGUGAUGCAUGCCGUGCUCUACUUCCAGAUUCUAACUUUAUUGAAGUAUUUAUGGAUUUGCCCCUAAAAAUUUGUGAAGCUCGUGAUCCUAAAGGUCUGUACAAGCUUGCACGCACAGGAAAGAUUAAAGGUUUCACUGGAAUUGAUGAUCCAUACGAACCGCCAGUUAAUGGUGAGGUGAGCCUAAAGAGCAUGGCUUACUUCCUACAUGAUCACACCAUAGUAAUUACGAUGAAAGAUGGGGAAUGCCCUUCACCCAAAGCAAUGGCGAAGCAAGUUCUAUCAUACCUUGAAGAGAACGGAUAUUUGCAAGCUUAGCACAUAUUUGAGAAUAUUGAUCUGAUUCUUGUGUGUCCAUUACUUGUGGACACAAUAUGAUCUGUUGGCCAUGAAUAAAAGGCAUCAACACAUAGCAAGUAACAGAGGCGCAGUUUGUUCAGAAACGGAAUACAGAUUCAUUCGUUUCAUUGUUGAUGAUAUUUGUUUCGUGUGUAUUGCGCUUACACAGCUGCCAUUCAUCUGCAUCAGCAAUUCAGAAUGCAUUCGGUUAACUCGCGUUAACUGUUCGUGUGAAUUGGUAGUUGUUCUGUGCUUGCUAAUUGGGUUUACUGUUGGCAAUGUAUUUGUUACAAGUAAAUGCAAAUAAAUUGUGUAAUUUGUAUAUCAGUUGUUUCCUCUUGGAAUAAAAACUGAGGAACAUUGUAACGCCUCCCAUUGAAUUCAUACCUUUUGGCUUA